ACCAUGACCGCCUUCAGUAGCCGGAAUCAGACGCUCGAGAUGCCGAUAGAUUAAACUCGAGACUUCAGUGUUAAAGUCAACGUGUUAAGUCGGCGUUUGUUGCCGGAAAACCGAAAUAUACCACGUCAAAUACGUUUCAACGGAAAGAGAGUGUUGAUUAGACUCAUAGAGGGGAAAAACAGGUCAUAGAAGUGAAUUCGUGUUUGUUGUUUUAUUUUUUCCCCAUUUGCGCUAUAAUGGGAGAAGCUGGCGGUCGUUUCCAAACAAGCUUUUCAACGGACAAAUCCAACUAGACUUAAUUUACGUAGACGUUCUGUUGAUCGAGCGGCGCGCGUACACAAUUCUUCACUUUUAAGAUCGUUUCCUCUGAAUCUGUCUUAUCAGGGUGUUGUCGGGAGAAACCGUGAAACAUUUCCUGCUAUUCUCGGGCAGCGGAGAAUCUUUUGGUUUAUUCCGAGCUCAGGCUGAUGGAAUUGCGCUGAGCAACGACUGAGAAAACGAGGAAAUACCCACACAUCUCCUAUAUACAGACCUCGGAUUUCUGACUGCGGCUCAUUCCCAGGAUCUGCAAUCAUCUGCGUGACCUCUUUAACUGACCCCAUGAGGACGGCUGAGGGAGAUGGAACGUAACAGACUUUUCUUCUUUACUUACUGCGGCAUUACCACGAUAACCCACCAGGGCUGAGCACAGCCUCUGCCCUUCGUCCACCCCAACCCUUCCACAGUCCCCCCAUUCCUGUCCUCCCUCUUGCUCCCUGAAAGAACAAAACAAACCAGCAGGAUUACUUUUUCUUAUUUUGUUAUAAUAGUUUUACUUUCCUUUGUCCUUCACCCAUGAAAAAGCAAAGUAUAGGUCAAUAAACCAGCGAAGUGAAGAAGGAGAAAACAAGACAGUCAUGUAUCUGCCCCAUGCCUGUAAACGUGAUUUGGGCCAUGCCCGCAAUUCGGAGACCACCCACGCAAGUACUCUCCUCUGGUUGGCACUGUGGAUCACCUUGGCAUCAUGUCAACGCAUUGAUCCCGGCACCAAAUAUCCCACCGUCACCACAAACUACGGCAAGUUGCGCGGGAUUAAAAAAGAGCUUAACAAUGAGAUUUUGGGUCCCGUGGAACAGUACCUUGGCGUCCCCUAUGCCACGGCGCCGAUCGGAGACCGUCGUUUUCAGCCACCAGAAGCUCCUGGGUCCUGGCAGGAAGUGCGGAACGCUACACAGUUCGCCUCUGUUUGCCCGCAGAAUGUGCAUGGUGUUUUGCCCGAGAUCAUGCUGCCUGUGUGGUUUACCGACAACUUAGAUGUGGCCGCCACCUACAUUCAGAAUCAGAGCGAAGACUGUCUCUACCUCAACAUCUAUGUGCCCACAGAGGAUGGUCCACUCACAAAAAAACAUGAUGAAUCGACACUGAACCAGCCACGAGAUGAAGACAUCCGUGACCGCAGGAAGAAACCAGUCAUGCUGUUCAUUCACGGCGGCUCUUAUAUGGAAGGAACCGGAAACAUGUUUGACGCCAGUGUUCUUGCGGCAUAUGGGAACGUCAUUGUAGUCACCAUGAACUAUAGGCUGGGAGUUCUGGGUUUUCUUAGCACAGGAGAUCAGUCUGCUAAAGGGAACUAUGGCCUGUUGGAUCAAAUCCUGGCCUUGCGUUGGCUGAAUGAGAAUAUUGGACACUUCAGUGGCGACCCUGAACGGAUCACUAUCUUUGGCUCUGGGGCUGGAGCAUCUUGUGUCAACCUACUCAUCCUGUCCCACCACUCUGAGGGCCUGUUUCAGAGAGCCAUUGCUCAGAGUGGUUCAGCCAUCUCCAGCUGGUCCAUUAGCUACCAGCCCUUGAAGUACACUAAGAUUCUGGCCCGUAAAGUGGGAUGCACAUAUGGGGAGACCGCAGACCUGGUGGACUGUCUCCGCAAGAAAAAUUUCAGAGAGUUGGUGGAUCAGGACAUCCAGCCGGCCCGCUACCAUAUUGCAUUUGGACCUGUGGUGGACGGAGAUGUUGUGCCAGAUGACCCCGAGAUCCUGAUGCAGCAGGGGGAGUUCUUGAACUACGAUCUUCUGAUUGGUGUAAAUCAAGGGGAGGGGCUGAAGUUUGUGGAUGAUGGGGGCACUGAGAGUGAAGAAGGGAUUUCCGCUGCAGCUUUUGACUACACCAUCUCCAACUUUGUGGAUAACCUCUAUGGAUAUCCUAAAGGUAAAGACAUCCUGAGGGAGACUAUUAAGUUCAUGUACACAGACUGGGCAGACCGAGAAAAUGGGGAAAUGCGGCGCAAGACUCUCCUGGCAUUAUUCACUGAUCACCAGUGGGUGGCGCCAGCCGUCGCUACUGCCAAGCUCCAUGCAGAGUACCAGUCUCCCGUCUAUUUCUACACCUUCUAUCACCACUGCCAAACAGAGACUCGACCCGAAUGGGCAGACGCUGCACACGGAGAUGAGAUACCAUAUGUUUUUGGUGUGCCCAUGAUUGGAGCAACAGACCUCUUCCCUUGCAACUUUUCCAAAAAUGAUGUCAUGCUUAGCGCUGUGGUGAUGACAUACUGGACCAACUUUGCCAAGACCGGGGAUCCCAACCUGCCUGUUCCUCAGGACACCAAGUUCAUCCACACCAAGCCCAACCGCUUUGAGGAAGUGAUCUGGACCAAGUUCAACUCUAAAGACAAGCAGUAUCUCCACAUUGGCCUGAAGCCUCGCAUCCGGGACAACUACCGAGCAAAUAAGGUUGCCUUCUGGCUGGAACUGGUUCCUCACCUCCACAACCUUCACGAGGAGGUCUUCAGCACUGCCACAACCCGGCUGCCUCCAGGAACCGCCCGUACCCCAAUCUGGAAGGGUCAGGGACCCCGUACGACACGCCAUCCCAUCCCAACCUUCCCUACAGAACUGGACCCAGAUGGCUCAGAGCCCCCUCGAUUUCCUCCCUUCCCAGGUGACACCCGGGACUACUCUACGGAACUGAGCGUGACGGUAGCUGUUGGCGCAUCGCUCCUCUUCCUCAACAUCCUUGCCUUCGCCGCACUUUACUACAAGCGCGACAAACAGCACGAGAUGCGACGGCACCGCUUAUCCCCGCAACGAGGCGUACCUGCUAAUGACUUAGCACACAGCCAAGAGGAAGAGAUCAUGUCCCUGCAAAUGAAGCACUCGGAGCACGACGCCCACAACGACAUGGAGCCAUUGCGACCGCAUGAUAUUUUACGCCCCGCAUGCCCACCCGACUACACGUUGGCACUGAGGCGGGCGCCCGACGAUGUUCCACUAAUGACCCCUAAUACUAUCACCAUGAUUCCUAGCACCAUCACCGGCAUGCAACCCCUCCAUGCCUUCAACACUUACCCUACAACCACCGGCCACAACAACACCUUACCCCACCCUCACUCCACCACCCGCGUAUAGUAGCGCCCCCAAACGAGAGGACUAGCUCUCAUACAUAUCCAGUUUUCUCUCUCUGUCCACCUUUUCAAGCUCCUAAACUUAAGAUGCUCUCGGUUCAGCUGCCUAGAGCAGUGACAGCGCAUCCUGUUGCCGUUCUCAUAGACACAAUCAAAGGUUUUGUAGAAGUUGUACACACUAGAGGAGCUCUGUUUAUAGACUCUACGGUGAGCAACAGAUUCAGUCGGCAGUGACUCAUAACUUGCUGUUUGUUUUUCCACAUUGUUUGUAAAGAAAUGGGGCGUCAGUGAUUGACUAAGCUGAUCUGAUGUCAUGAGGGGAAAUGAUGACAUUUUCCCACUUUUCUUCUUUCACUAAAUUGGCGGAGUGCAGAUUUCAUCCAUUCUUUUUUGUCAGUCUCCUUUGUUAUUCCAUUACCAGCCCAUCCCUCUCUGUCCGAAUGUGAUCUGUGUCCUUGGAUUAUGUUUUACAUGAAUCAUAGGGGCAUUCGAUAAAAGACGGAAGCUGGAUAUGUUGUGUUUACCUGCAGUAUAGUGUCAAGUAUUAAAUCAUACCUUGUAACAAGAGACGCCGCGAAUGAGAGAAAAUGACAGCGUCUGACAGAAGACAAAAUCAAAAGUGCCAACCUCCUCUGUUUGUGUCAUUUUAUCACACAUAUUUGACUUGGCUAUGUGUUGUUUCUUAGGAAGAUUUUUGUAUGUAUAAAUAUAAAGACAAAUAUAUAAAAGAAUGAUAUAAAUAUAUAUUUACAUGGAUUGCUCGGUGGGAUCUAUGCAUGGAAUAUUUUAAAGCACCAAGAAGGACCCUGAGCUGUAAACUCCCACAGCUUAUUUGCAUUUUUUUAAGUUUGCUUGCUUAAAAUGCCUACAAUAGCCUUCUCCCCAGUGGUGUUUUCAUCAGCAUUAGCAAAUGUAACAUCCUCCUCAGUCUGACCACUCUGUAGGACGGUAUCCUCCCACCGCAUCCAGAAAGAGAGCUAUUGGCAAUAUUCUUUCAAAUGAUUUUUAACAUUCAUAUGCAGUUGUUGGUGCUAUUAUUUGACCAUCAGCCAUGUAGUGGCUCUACCAGAGCUAUCUGUGGUGGUCCGGACAGUUGCAUAAAUACAGCAAAUAGCAAAUGCACAUGUAGCUUUGCAUCUCUUUCACGGGCCUCUGCCCAUUAUUCAGCUUUUAUUCGCAUUGUUUUUCAACUCCAGUUGAUGCUCUUACACCUCAGCCCAUCUUUCUCUCUCUGUGGCCUCUCUAGUUCUAUCUCUGUCCUUGCUCUUUCAGUUAAGCCAAGUUUAAUAAGCAUCUUUUUUGUGUAUUUGUGCGUGGGCACAAAUAAAGAGUGUGUUUUCUAGGCAAUAGCUAGGUGUCCUGUACAUUUGUGUUAAUUUGAAUGUGUGAGGUAAGAGAAUAUGUGACAGAGAGGCACAACAGGAGAGAGAAAAGUAGACUUCUGAGUUAGUUCAAUUCUCAUAACACAAAAUUUGCAGAUUCCUUCGUCUGUGGCCCUCUGUCAUUCCUUCAGAAAAACAUACCUGGCUUUGGGCCAUUUUACAUACAAAAUAGUAGCAUGUUGUGCUAAAAAAGGAAAAGGCUGGAAGCACCUCAUAAUAUCAGUUUGACCCACAUCUCUACAGAUCUCACAUCUAUCUGCACCACACACCUGACCUUUUUGGUUAUGACAAGCACAGCGAAUAGUGGUUGCGGAAAACCAGAUCUAUAUGUAGACAGAUCUUACACAUUGUUUCUCCAGAAUACAUGUUCAGGUUAAAGAACAAAUGGCUCAGAAUCACUGGACAGUAACUGCGGAAUUAACACAAUCACUUAUGUUCUGUUCAUGCCUUGUUAGUCAUAUUUUUCUACCACUGCUGUGUGUCACGGGAGGACGACCGUUUGAGUCAGGAAAUGUCUCACUGUUGGCUCAGAUUGCCAGUGUAUUGAGUCUGAGAUGCCCAGGACCAUCAUGAUGGAGCAAGAACCAAUGCCAGUAUGCUGCUCAAUGUACUAAAACAUGAACCGGCUUGGCUUUACAAGCAUUGCUGAGCAAACAUACUGGAGGUUCAGUAUGCCAUGAAAACAGAACUUUAUUCUGCGGUGUGGACUGAAAACAACAACAACUGGACAAUAAACACACUUCAGUUGCAGAUACAUUCUGGAGAUCCGAGAGUGUAGGUUGGACCUGUGGAUAUGUACCAUCUGUGGACUUUUGUGUGGUUGUAGGUAUAACUGAACUCCGUUUUAAACAAACUAUAAGGAGUUGACUAGAGCUACGUACAAAACAACCUCAGUUCUAAUAAUCAAUACUGUUUUAAGAGAUGAGUUCAGACUCUUUUGUUAUUUCUCUUGUUUGUUUUUGUACGCUCAACCACUAGAGUGUGAUGUUGUGGUACAUACAGAAUAAAGACUCUACAUCCAUUACGAGCCAUUCAUUGGGUAUUCAGUUAGGGGUACAGUGAGAGAAGGAUAAAUAGAAAUUAACUGUACAUUUUUAAGUGUAAGAACGAAUCAACUGAAAAUAUUUGUAAAUAUUCAGUUACUUGUUUAAUGUUUUGUUUUUUUCUGGUUUAAUGAAAUCUGAAAUACUUUGUGACCAGGACAACAGGUGCAAGUUCUAAUUCAGCCACCAGCAAAAUUGAUGAAUCUCAUUUGUUAAAUUCACUUUCUGCUGCUUCAUUUAGUUUUGAGAUCUGUGGAUGGAGAUGAUGUAUUGCUCUUAUAUUUGAGCAUAAAGAGAUUGUGUAUUAUGUAGCAUACCAAUAUCACUUGAAUCAUCAGCUAGUCAUAUUUCUGCACAAGUAUGAUUAGCUGGUCAUUUUAGAUACAAAAUCUGCCAGUUUACAAAAAUCUUUAAUAUGGAGAUGGACUGGAAUGUCCAGUUUAUUUAAGCAAAGGAAGCACUGGAAACCAUGGAGGUUAUGAGAAGUCUUUCAUCUACCAUGAACUUGUAGCAUUGAAUUCUUACCAAAAGGUGGUAGAGAUUUCAUGAAACGUCUAAAAUAGGGGGAAAGUAGUGUUUUAUGGUCACAUUUGUACACUUAAGUAUACAUUUUAUUAUUUUUUAAUGAAUUAAGCAUCUAGCGAAAUAAUGCCAAAUUAAAGAUGGCAUAAAGAGCGCACAAGGAUCUCAAUAUGUCAAGUCUGAUGGUUUAAAGAAAACUGAAUAAAUGAAGCACAUGUUAUUCCUCUAAGAAAAUAAACACUUUUUACUGGGUCCUAAAGCAAAUUUACACCUGUUGCCCUGUUUUACUAUACAUGCUCAGAAUCAGAACGCCACACUUGAUGAAAAAUAAACAUAAUGGAUUUUUUAAAAAGUAAAGUAAAAAUAUAUAAUUAAGGUGAUGAUAUUUCUCUUUAUUUAGAAGUUAUUACACACUGUAUGCUGUGACUCUGGGGAACAUUAAAGAAAUUCAU